CAGCAGCCCGUGACCUACCACGUGGAGGGGGGUCGCGGCGCCCUCACGGUGGACGGCUGGGGGGCGCGUGUCCCUCCUUCGACAGCUGGACCGCGAGGCCGCAGAGGACGACGGCGGGGGUGGGGGCGGAGCAAGUGUCGUGGCGGCGUUGGUCGUAGCGGUGGACAGCGGCCUUCCCCCCGGCCCCCUCAGUGCCACCGCCACCCUCAGCGUCACCCUGGAGGACGUGAACGACUGCCCCCCGCGCCUGCUGCCCCCGACGACGCUGCGGGUGACGGAGGGCGCUCCCGCUGCCAUGCUGGGUACGCUCACGGCGACGGACGAUGACGUAUGGGCGCUGGGGCACGGGCCGCCCUUUAACUUCUCCCUCGCGCCCUCCAACCCCGCCCACGUAAAGACCGCCAUUCGACUUCUCUUCGACCAAAGAAUAGAUAGUGGACGUGGAGGUGCCGAAGUGUGGACAGUGGGUGCACUGGAUAGGGAGGAGCACAGACAGCUUAAAGUGGGCGUCUUGCUCUCUGACGCGGGCGGUUUGUCUGCCGUCCACGCCCUCACUAUCAUCGUCGACGACAUCAACGACAACCCGAUGCGACCAGGGGCGAAGACGGUGUAUCUGUGGAAGACGCAGGGUUUAGGAUCCGAGGCGCCCCUGGGUCGUGUUUACGUGGACGACCCGGACGACUGGGAUGGGCGUGACAAGGACUACGCCUGGGCCGGCCACCCUCACCCUUUGUUCACCCUUCACCCUGCCACGGGACAUAUCGUCGCCUCUGGACAGCUUAGGGAGGGAAGGUGCAUCUGUCCGGGCGGGUCCUUUGGCUCCCGUUGCAAGAUCCCCGCCCGGUCCUUCAAAGGCACAGGGUGGGCGUGGGUGGCUCCCCUCCCCCCUUGCCUCCCGGCUUCUCUCUCCUUCAAGGUCCUCACGAACCGCCCGCGCGCGUUGCUCCUUUACUCCGGUCCUCUCACCACGCCCGCGACCCCCCCGCGCUCCCUCCUGGCCAUACAAUUAGAGGAUGGGCGGCCCAGGCUCAUCUACGAAGGGCGGGCGGGGAAGGUCGAUCUGCUGGUGAACACGAAGGUCGACGACGGCGCCUGGCACUCCAUCUACGCCCACUUUGGCACCAAGGGCGUAGUGGUGAUGGUGGACCUGUGCGGGCGCGGAUGGAAGGACCACGACGACCAGGACGACCCCCGGAGCAGCGAGAGGAACGACCACGGCACCGGGGACGGCCACGAGCACUGCCUGGCGAGAGCGCACUGGAGGAACCGGAAGGACAGGACGCGUAUGGGAGAAGCGUCUCCUUCGGCGCCCUGGCUCGGAGUGGAGCCCCUGCAGGUCGGCGGGAUGGCUCGCACGCCCUCACGCCCACACGCGAGCGGUGGGCGUCCUUUUUCUAAGCUGGUGACGGAGGGUUUAGACGGAUGCGUUGCUCAUCUCGUCGUCAAUAGUCAGGUGAGAAGCAGGUGCUCUCGGCAGAGGUUCAGUACAAGAAGGUUCUUCAAUACUAAUACAACCCUCUACAUCGAGACCUCAACCAUUAAAAUUGAUACCACAAUACCCCUCCUUCCAGCUGGUCGACCUGGGGGAGCCGCCCUACAGCCACGCGAGCGCCCCGGGAUGCCGCCCCCAGGAGGAAGCGUGCAUGGGCGUCCUAGGGAGAGUCGUGCGGCCUUCGAGGGGCGUGCGUGGGCGGCCUUCGGAGCCCAAGGUGCGAAUGUGAUCCUGGAUGGACCGGCGACGGCUGCUCCACGCCCACGGUGCCGGCACUCCUCGGGGCGUCGUCGUACAUGA